UUUAAUAUUAUUAAAAAAAAAUAAAAAAAAUAAUUUAAGAAAUGAGGGAACAUUUUUUAUCAAGUAUACAUGUGUAUUUACCAAUGAAGUUUAGGACACUCGUCGAUAAAGGAGGACGAUAUCGGUCAAGCAUAAGCAUCUCUAAGCAUCAACCCCUCUUCAGUGUUUGUUGCCAUCUGCUCCUGGUCCAUAUUCGGAAAUAUAAACACUUAUUUUGUUCCGCAUAAGCCAUAUAGUGGCCAACGUAGAGAAUAAUGCUCUACAAAUUAAACACAAACAGGUUGUGAGAGAAAUAAAAUUACUGUGAUUUUAUCACUUAUUCUGAUGUUAAUGGUCGAAUAAGGCAAUAUACUUUUAAGGGGAUGUUGAUACUCUGGCAUUAACUUGCUGCGUCUUUAAGGGAAAAGUUGGCUCUCUAAGUUCGGUAACAAACAAGCAAAAAUUCAUGGCGCAAACUAAGCUGACAAAAAUGGACAAUGUGGAGAAUAUAACAUUGAAUAUCGGAGGAUUUCCGUUCAAAAUUCCCAAAGAUGCUAUUUGCAGGUUACCAAAUUUUACAGCCGUGUCAAAUCAAACGGAAUAUCCAUUUGAUCGCCCGAGACAAUGCUUUGACGCCAUUUACAAUUACUGCGUUCUUGGAAAGCUGCACAUUCCCCCCACCGUCUGCACGGGCGAGUUCCUCGAGGAACUGGAGUUUUGGGGGGUUAAAGCCGAGAAAUUGGAGAAAUGCUGUCACCAUCGGUACGUUCUGUUCAUGCGUGAGCAGGAAAACCUCAGAGGAUUCAUCAAUUGUACAGAGAAAGAGGAGGAUCAAAAUGAUGCUGCGGAGAAGUUCCAAAAUAAUGGCGCCAAGAGCAGGCUGUGGAAUAUCCUCGAAAACAGGGAUAGCAAACUGGAAACAAAGGCUUACUUCGUUUUGUCUACGACGGUCAUUCUACUGGCAAUAUUCGGGGUGGCGUUUAGUACGGUAUCUCUAACAUUAGAAACCAAUAACUCAGCACUUAAUUCUGGCCAGGCAUCGACUAUCGGAACCACGGAAUAUACACCGGCAAUGCUUUCCACCACCGGGGCUGGAUGGAUGAACGAAUCUGAUAAAAAUGGUUCAAAGUUUUCCGAAGAAAAAAUGUUUUCAAAUUCAGCUCGAGAGAAAGUCCUCAGUAUGAGGGACGCCGACCCUGAUACCCGUUGGUUUCUGUACGUCGAGCAUUUCACCAACGCGUUUUUCACGAUGGAGUUAAUCGCCCGUCUGGUUUGCUGCCCUUCAUUAGCUCGUUAUUUUCGUGGAUAUCUGAAUUUGGUCGACAUCAUCGUCCUUGUUGCGAGCUUUGGGCGAUACAUAGUUCUCUUGGCCGAUAUGACCGGAUCUUCCACAAACGCUGACCCGCUGCUCUAUCUCCAAAUGUUGCGCGUUCUUCGUCUGCUCCGCAUUAUUGAGAACGUCCCCGCCUUUAAGAUCCUUUGCUAUUCUGUUCGACUCGAACGUAAAGAUCUGAUGACGAUGCUCCUGUUUCUGUUUAUGGGGAUGCUGCUGUUCUCAAAUUUCUUGUAUUUUGUCGAAGAUAAUGAGGAUUUCCCCAGCAUUCCAGAUGCAUGGUGGUUCAGCAUUGUCACCAUGACAACGGUGGGAUUUGGCGACAUGGUCCCUAAGACAGCGGUUGGUCGAAUUAUUGGAGCCAUGUGUGCGCUUUCUGGGGUUCUCUUCAUCUCGCUUACAAUUCCUAUCUUUGUGAACACUUUUCAGUCUUUGUAUUUGUACGCCUCCUUCAAAAGCAACCGACUCUAAUUGUAGCUUUUGCAUUUCAAGAGGUUGCAAAAGGUUAAAUAUAAUUUUUUUUAGAUAACAUGUACAUAGAAUACCAGUCUGAUUGAAAUCAAACCUUUCACUAUAGCUCCUUUAUUUUGAUGGUCGCGUGACCAUCAAAAUAAAAGAGCUAGUUGAAGAUUUGAUUUGAAUCAGACCGAUAGAAUACAUUCAUAUUUAAAAUGCACAUGACGUUCAAACGAAUCGUUGAGGGAAAUUUCGCAAAGAUUCGUAGAUCUGAUUUAUUGUUGUUUUGAGAAGAAAAAUUAAAAUAUUUAUCCCGAGGCAAAUUAUUUCUUUUAUAUUUCCAAUCAAUGUCUUGGGCAACAGAAGAUCAGUGGAACGGGAAACAAAUUGUUACCCGAGAUCUUCAGCAACACCUUGUACUCCGAUCCAACGAAUCACUAAGUCUUGUUUUCCUCAACUCCAUUCGCCAACAAAGCUUUAAUGAUAUAUGCAAAAUCCUUAAGAAAAAACAUUACAUUUUACAACCACAAGCAUAGAU